UGGUUUAACCAAAUGAUCACAGAGCUCAAAAACGCUGUCGUUUAAUCCACCUCGUCCAUAUCGCCCUCCUUCCUCUCCACCGUUAUUCUGUUUCUUGUGCUAAUUUUACUUCAAAUUUAUCGCCCAUUUUUUCUCUACAAAAACCUCCAAACUCUUCCCAGAAAUCCACUUCCCUCUCUCACACACACGCGCGCAAUCCUAACUCCAUCUGCAAUUCUGCACUAUCCUGCAGAAAUUCAUAAUAAAAUGGCUUCUUUCACCGUUCCAUGCCCGAAGGUUUCGCCGCCGCUGGCUGCUUCAUCGCAGCAUGUUGCUUUGUUCCCGCGAUCCGGAUGCCGAAUGCUCCCGUUCGCUAAAGUCAAGGGGCUUAGCCGGAACCAAUCUGAUGAUUUUAAGGUGUCCGCACAGCUAAACGAGGUCGCUGUCGAAAAAGCAUCACUUCUGACAGAACGGCUCAAAGAAUCGAAAAGCCAAUAUGAAAUUCCAGAUGCAGAAUCGGUUUCAGCUUUUAUGAACCAAGUAUCCGAUCUCAUCAAACUUGUAGAUUCGAGAGAUAUUGUGGAGUUGCAGCUUAAGCAAUUGGAUUGCGAGCUGGUUAUAAGGAAAAAGGAAGCAUUGCCACAACCUUCAACUUCAGCUCCAGUAUUUUACGCCCCACCUCCUACCGCACAGGCUACAUUGUCACCUCCUCCUACAACAAAUGUACCAGCUCCUGCUUCAUCAACGCCUUCAGCUCCAGCAUUACCAGCUCCAGCAAAGCCAAAGUCUUCACAUCCCCCAUUCAAAUGUCCAAUGGCUGGAAACUUCUAUCGGUCUCCUGCACCUGGUGCUCCUCCUUUUGUGAAGGUCGGAGAUAAGGUCCAGAAAGGACAAGUAAUAUGCAUUAUUGAAGCUAUGAAACUGAUGAAUGACAUUGAGGCUGAUCAGUCCGGCACUGUGGUUGAGAUACUUGCGGAUGAUGGGAAACCCGUCAGUGUGGACACGGUAUCUCUUUUGCUCUUUCUAUCCUAUUUCAUAUUUUCAUUCCUUCAUUUUCAAUUUUUAAUCAAACUACUUGCUUGCGUGAAGGCUAAGAAGUGUUAGUGCCAGUAAAUUUUUUUAUCGCUUCUGUCAUGUUUGAAAUAAGAGAUAAGUCACAAAACUUCCCACUAUAGCUAAUCCGAGACCUGUGUGAUUGAACCUUUUUCAUUGCUACUCACCCACUAAAACCAUGCAAAUUUUGCAAAACACCAACUACAGCACUUCGGUGGUGCAAUAUUUCCAUUGAGAUCCCUUUAUUCAAUUCAAAUAUUCUCCACCAUGAUCGCUAUACUAUUUGCUGGAAUAUACACAAUAUAAGGGGUCUACCUUGCAGUUAUCAAAUAGCUAAGUUGGUGAUUUACUAAAGAAAAAGGUUUAGCAACACAGGUCCAAAUUAGGUCAUAAAUCAGAAAGCAAUCUGCAAUCCUUAAGUGAUUUAACCCUGUGAACAAACAUUCUCAGAGCAUGCUGAAUCUCAUUCUUAUCUCCCUGUGUUCUUCCAAAAAACUUUUCCUUCCUCAUUUGCAGCCUUUAUUUAUCAUCGAGCCGUGAAGAUCCGAGAUUAUUACGGAGGACCAUCUUGAAAUGUAAGAGUAUGAUAUUUCUUGGCCUUCUCGGAAUAUAUAGUACGAAAUCAUGACAAGCAUGUUUUCAUAGCUAAGUCGUCACACUGUCACUGUGGUUGUUAUAUAUUUAUUUGAGAAUAAUGCAAAUUUCUGCUACAGAAAAUGCGUGAUCAUUUUCAGCAAUAUGUUCACCGUGUGUGUUAUAUCUGGGUUAAUCACUGUAAACUCUAUGGAGUUAAUGUUAGUAAUACUCUUACUACUUAAA